CGGGAACACCAGGCUUAGUUUUCUUUAUAUGGCAAAGGUUCACGUUCAAAGCUGAGAACCUGUUUGUUGAGCAAAUAUGUUGGUUCUACAGGUCCUUAGGCAGACAACAGCWGACGUUAGAUGUUUAUUUUUCUCCUCUUUUGAAUACCAUUUGCUUUACAUUUGCUACAGACAAAACAGGUCUGUAGCCUGUUUUGGAGGUUUUCUUGACACUGUGCGUGUUUAUAUUUGUGGAUCAGGUCUGAAUACUUCAGAAUGAAAACCACGUACUGCUUCAGUCAGAAGUCCAAGAAUAUUAAGAAGGGUUUGCUUUGCAUUCUGAUUGUGUUCAUCCUGGUUUACUUCACAGCUGGRAGGUUUUCCACCAAACUAUUGCCAAUGGACAAGUGUUCUUUGGAAAGUGCCAAUAUGUUGAUCCUGGAUAACAUUGCUGAUGUCACCCUUAAUCUCCAAUCUCGGCAAGAUGUGCUGACGUGCACAACCUGGAGAGCUCCCAUCAUUUGGGAGGGGAUGUUUGCUCCUCGUCAUUACGACCAGAUGCACAGAAUGAAAGGAUCCACUGUAGCUUUGACUGUGUUCGCAGUGGGAAAGUAUUUGGAAGUCUACCUCGAGCCCUUUCUGAAGUCAUCAGAGCAUCACUUCAUGUUGGGUCUUCCUGUGUCCUACUAUGUAUUCACAGACACUCCUGAGAAAGUACCAAACGUCGAGCUCGGCCCACAACGAACCCUGAAAGUAAUCAAAGUGGAGAAACACAGCAGGUGGCAGGACAUCUCUAUGAUGCGAAUGAAGAUGAUCUCAGAGACCAUAGAGUCAGAUAUCCGCCACCAUUCCUCGUAUGUUUUCUGUUUUGAUGUUGAUCAGAUGUUUAGUGGGAGAUUUGGCCCAGAGGCUCUAGGAGAUUCUGUUGCUCAGAUGCAUGCAGGCUACUAUCGCUCUCCAAAAGACGAGCAUACCUACGAUCGCAACCCCAAGUCCAAGGCGUACAUGGAAACUGGAGAUUUUUACUAUCAUGCUGCUGUCUUUGGAGGCACCUGGAAGAGUGUAAAAGCCUUGACGGACRCCUGCUACCAAAACAUCAUGGAGGACAAACAAAAUAAUGUGGAGGCUCUGUGGCACGAUGAGAGUCAUCUAAACAAAUAUUUUUKGCUUCACAAACCAAGCAGGAUUCUUUCUCCAGAGUACUGCUGGGACAUAAAACUCGGAUACAGAAGUGAGAUACAGGUUUACAGACUGAUUUGGGCCAAGAAAUACUACAGUAAACUACGAACAUCCUAGAAGCUCACAAUUAGAGGAAAUUCCAAAUUAUUUAAUUUUUCUAAAUGACUUCUUAAUGAACAGAAAGUUUACAUUAAUCUGUGUCACUUGAUUUACAGAUCUUCUCUCUAAAUUKUUAUGAAGAAAUAUACCAGGUGGCUAAGUGUUAAAGAUUUUGUGUAAAUUAUAUUUAGAAUUGAAAUAAUUUCACUCAAUUUUACUGGAAUUUCCAAAUGAUACAGCUAUGCAAACAGUAUUACUUAAAGAAGGAACAUUUCAUAAGAAUAAAUCCUGUUUUUUGUUUGUUUUCUUUGAGUUGAUGGUAUGGGCUGUUUUAAUGGAGUUCCAUGGCAUAGUCAGUAUCUUACUUGCAAUAGACUGUAAUCUGAGUAAUCUUUUUUCUGGAAAAUGUGAAAUAAUUUCCCAUGCCAACCAAGCUAACAGCUGGCACUUUUGCUUCCAAAUAAAGAUAAUUCUGACUGCCAUCUACUGGCUGCUAAUAACUGCUCCAUGGUGCACCCACUUAAAGCAGUAGUUGUGCCUUUUAAAAUCUGCAGAGAUGCACUGAAGUGUUGAGUCACAUGCAUUGGAUGAAACACAGCUGCCAGACUAAAUGUAAACAGUCACGCCACCCUUUGUUAUCAUGUUUUUAUGWGCCGUGAGUUUUCAUUUGUCUGUAUUUUUUCGUCUGUGUGUCAUCAAUCAUAUCUCCUGAGUCAGCAUCUGUUUACCAACUCUCACCUGUUCCCAGAUGUCAUUUUGCCCAGGUGUGUCCACUCUGUUCAUCAGCCCCCUUCCAGCUAUCCUGAAGCACAUUCUGACAUUUGGUCUUCUUUGGCACCAUUUUGUGGUCAGUAAGAAGCUCAAAACUACAACCACUUCCUUUCCUAUUUGACCAGUUGAGUUGAGAGCUGUUUUAGUUUCAUGUCACAUUUCUGUCUGAUAUCUGCUGGUGUUGAUUUGAACGAUGUAUUUAUUGUUCAAGUCGAUAUUAAAGUUCUAGUUUUCUUGUCAAA